CCUAAACUGUAAAAAUAUAAACAAAUAUUAUAAAGUGUCAUCCAAGAUCUAGACCAACUGUACCCGGAGCGUAUAUAUAUACAAUGUAAGCGGAGACGUGGCCGACAUACACACCUUGUAUAUAUACAUCAGCACAAAAUCUUCAGUAUCUAUUUCAAUAGAGAAAACAAAAACAGAAACCAGAAUACAGCUCUCCACGACUGACAGUCUGCAGUAUGGCGCAUAUCGUGCGUGGCCGUUCUUCAAGAGUGAUAGCGAUCUAUUUUAACUACUCGGGCAAUUUUAAAACAACUAAUGCAUUUCACACGAACGGUCAGUUUCGAGCCGAAUUGUCAACAGAAAAAGGCAGAAAAACGGGGACAACUUAUGUCGGCAACAGUUUGUCCAGAGAUCUGCGAUUCGAUGACUACCAGAAGGCUUUCCAGUCCAAGUCCCGUUUGGAGCUGGCCCGCUCCAUCGCCAUCAUCAAGAUGUGUACUAAUGAUACGAUUGUGGACAACAGCUUUAAGUUGAUGAACACUGGCCGGAGGGUUCUGGGCAACAAGCUGUUUGAUCGUUUGGCCAAACCGACGGUGUAUGGUCAGUUUGUCGGCGGGGACAGUCCGGAAUCUCUACUACGGACCGUGGUCAGGAUGAGAAAGAUGGGAGUCGGACCCUUAGUGGCUGUCGCUAUGGAGGAGGACACAACAGAUGAUACCAGAGAGGCUGAUCAGAAGUAUGACCGGAAUUUGGCGACUACGUUACAGUGCCUGGAGGUUGUUUCCGGUCUUAAAGAUCCUCACCCUAUGAUGCAAACCAAACUGACGGCCAUGUUUCCGGCAAAGCUUUGUGAGAAAAUAUCUCAACAUGUGCCACACCCCUCCCAGAAUGGACAGGUGGUGACAACUGUGGCCAAUGGGAUUCGACAUGGAGACCAGAUUCGGUUCGAUUUCCUGUCAGAGGACGAGACAGCUGACCUGAACAGGGGUUUGUCCAGGAUCAGAAAACUCUGUGAGGCUGCGGUGGAAAAUGGAGUGAUAAUGAUGGUGGACGCGGAAUACACAUACCUCAAUCCGGCUUUAAACCUCCUCACAUUGGCCAUGAUGUUGGUGUGUAACGGACGAAAGACACUGGUGUAUUACACAUAUCAAAACUACCUCAAGGGAAUGACUGAAUAUCUACAGACAGACAUGACCUACAUACAUAGUCAUGGCGUCGGAUUCGGAACCAAACUUGUCCGUGGAGCUUACAUAGAUAAAGAGAGGCGACUGGCACAGACCAAAGCCUAUCCGGACCCUACCAAUGCCACCUAUCGGGACACCUCUGACACUUACCAUCGUUCUAUGAAUAAAAUGUUAGAAAAUAUCGCUCAGAACCCGGAUACAUGUUCUGCAAUUAUCGCCAGUCACAAUGAAGAUACAGUUGCUAAAGCUAUCAACAGAAUUAUGGAGUUGCAGAUAGACCCGAAAUGUGGAUCAAUAUUCUUUGGACAGUCGUAUGGGAUGAGUGACCAUGUGACAAAUACACUAAGUGAGAUGAAGAUGCCAGUGUAUAAGUCAAUACCGUACGGUUCUGUGGAGGACACACUCGCCUACCUAUCACGGAGAGCAAUGGAGAACCGAUCGGUACUGGAGAGGGCGCAAAGGGAGAAAACUCUCAUGUGGAAAGCCCUGAAGGCGCGUAAAUAAGAGGGUGUCAAAGAGGGGAAAAAGCCGGUCCCUUUGAAGAACUAUUGAUGUGUAAUUCAUACGAAAAGUCGUACAUGUUUUGAUCACGUGUUCCUUAUCAUAUGGGAGAAUUAUGAACCAUGAUUGUUUCGUUUUGUUCAUCAUUAAACUUCUUCCGCCGAGUAUAGAACUUCCGGUUUUCCUGUUGAGGUAUCAAAUUUAAAGAAUCUAAGCUUUUUUUCAAUAUUUUUAUGCAAACUUUUGAUAUAAAAUAAGGACAAUACUUACUACAAACAGUUCUUUUGAUAUUGGUCAGUAUUGAACUGUUGUUCAACAGAUAUGAACGCAAUUUGAUCAGCGUCAUUUUGAAGCCUAUUUCUCCUGCCAUGAAUACCACGAGACAUCGUAUGAGCAAACAUAUUAGUGACGUUAGGAUGUUACAGGAAUCUCGUUUGCACUGACGGCAUCAACACUUCAAUAUCGAAAAUGUAAGGGAAUACCCAUGUUAAUGUUCAUGGCGGUAUGAAUGCAAAUUGGCUGCAUACAUAUUUAUCAUGAUGCCCCAGCAGGCUUCGUGGAAUAUAUAUGCAACCGAUCUGCGUUCAUACCGGCAUGAACCUUGAACAAAAAUGCCGUUUAGUUCUUAUGUAUUCUUUAUCAUGGUAAAUUUUCUAUAAUGACAAGCAACUUAUGGCAAGAAAUUAACGAAAAUAGUCACUGUUGCUGUUUAUUGAACUGCAUGCAAUAUGCAAAUGAAAAAUACAAUGUACAAUGUGUGACUUUCUGGUCAAAACUGAAAAUCUACCUAUUUGUGGGAAAUAAUGUAACUUAUACUGAUUUCAUCUCUAUUCAUCAGGGCAUUGACGCCUGUAGUAUGUACAUUGUACAUGUUGGUAAUGAAAGUUUAUUAAAUAAGUGAUUUUAUGGACAUUGUAUAUUCAAUGCAUAUCC